AAGGCAAGCAAGGAUAAGCAGUUUUUUUUUUUGGAACAGAGGGACACAAAACACACACCAAACAUAUAUUAUAGUAUAGGCGGAUGUGGGUUCCUCGUGUAGAAAAAUGAGUACUAGCCUCCUUUGUGUCACAGCUGCUCCCAACUUUAGUUUCGUAACCCCUUGUUGUUGUAAUAUAAACCCAAAAAUAACCUCUUCUGUCCCUUGUAAAAGACAAAGAGUUUUUGCUGCUAAAGAUGAAAAUAAAGCUGGAAAUUGGGACCAUUUAAUGGAGGCUAAGUUUGGUAAAUUGGUUGCUCAAAAUCCCAAACUCACCCUUGCCAAGAUAAAAGAUAAACAAAUGAACCCGGAACAUGAAGAAGGAAAGUGGCCUAUAGAACCACUUGCAAAGGCUCCAAAAGUUAUAUUAUGGAAGGCAGCAAAUCUCAAAGAGGAUAAUGUUGAGACAAAUAUGUUGUCAAGUUUGUCCUUAAAACCUAAUUUAUCGCUGAAUAUGGGUAAAGAAGGAGGCAAGGACCGGUUUAGUGAUAUGAUAUUGGUUAAGAAUUCGGAACCUUCUAUGAAAACUAAGGAGUUAGAUUCCACUAAUAUUAAAGAGAUUAGAUGCCAAACUGAAAAGGUGGAUCAAACUAUCAAAGAUCAGAAAGUGUCAAUAUCUGAUAUUGAUGACAAUCAUUCAAGAAAUCUUGACCCGUCAAAAGAAAGUGCGGAUAUAGAAGCUGAUAUUGUUUCAAAACUAUAUGCAGAUGCUACCUUGCAAGGACGACCUAAAAGAUUAAAACAACCGGCAAAAGAGAUGACCAGCAUUGGGGGAAGGACUAAAAUGAUUGACAAUCUAAUAGCAAACUUUGUUGUACAUGAAGAUUUGCCUUCAAUGCCGCUCUUGAAGGACCAUGAAGAUAUGGACUGGAGAAGAGCUGAUGAACUGCUUAGGACUUCAGGAAGAGGGGAAGUAGAAAUGAGAAGUUGUAGUACCCGAGGAUUUGUUGUUUCUUUUGGCUCUUUGAUAGGGUUUUUGCCAUAUCGAAAUCUUGCCACUAAGUGGAAGUUUUUGGCUUUUGAGUCUUGGUUGAGGAGGAAAGGUGUGGAUCCUGCUACCUACAGGAAAAAUUUGGGCAUUAUUGGAAACUUUGAUGCUACAAGCAUAGAUCCUGAAAAGAUUGAUGCAGAUGUAUCACCAGAUAUGAAACUUGAGGAUCUUCUUGCACUUUAUGAUCAAGAAAAACUUGAAUAUUUGUCAACCUUUGUUGGUCAGAGAAUCAAAGUGAAUAUGAUUUUGGCCGAUAGAGAUUCCAAGAAGCUUAUAUUUUCUGUGAAGCCAAAGGAGAAGCAAGAAUCAAUCCAACGAAAGAGAGACCUCAUGACUAAGCUUAAUGUGGGAGAUGUAGUCAUGUGUUGCAUCAAAAAGAUUUCUUACUUUGGUAUUUUCGUAGAGAUUGAUGGGGUACCCGCAUUGAUACAUGAGACAGAAGUGUCGUGGGAUGCCUUGAACCCCACGUCUUCCUUCAAAAUUGGGCAGGUAGUACGAGCGAAAGUCCAUCAAUUAGACUUUUCUCUUGAACGUAUAUCCUUAUCUUUGAAGGAAAUAAUGCCAGAUCCAAUGACUAAGGCUCUGGAAGCUGUUCUUGGUGACCAUGCUGCUCAGGAUGAUCCAUUAGAAGCAGACAUACCUAACAACAAGUGGGAUGAUCUUGAACUACUUGUCAAAGAACUGCGGCAAUAUGAGGGCAUUGACUUAGUAACAAAAGGGAGGUUCUUUUUGAGCCCCAGUUUAACCCAAACAUUUCAGGUUUAUAUGGCAUCCAUGUUCAACAAUCAGUACAAAUUGCUUGCUCGUGCAGAAAAUAAAGGACAAGAGGUGGUGGUGCAUACAUGGCUAAGUACAGAGGAGAUGAAGCAUGCCAUUAUGAUGUGUACCAAGAGAGUCGAGUAAAUAUUUGAUUAGUCAAUUAGUUAUUGUAUAGUUGGUUCAAUCAUCAUUAAUCUGACAAGGCCAGUUUAGGUGACCAUGGCCUCGCUUUCAGGAUACACCGGGUUCCCAUCACUAUAGAAUCACUGAACAUUGAGUCAAGAAAAAGAACCAUGUUUGUAACCUUGAACUAUAGUGUUUUGGGUAAGUUUAUAAAGUGGUGGAACCCUUGUAAAGUGAUGUGUUUAGUUACUUUAUUGAAGCGUUAAGUUAGUAGUUGAUAUUUUGACAUUA